CGCCUGAGGCUGCGUUCCGGGCCGCGUUCUAGCCUGAUCGUUGGGAAACGGGACCCUCCGCACUGCGCGCGCAGCCCGCCUGGUCUAACCACGGCCGGGCGGAGGAGGCGGCCUGGGGGCAGUCGCGGCUCCGGCGGCGAAACGAGCGGUCUUCUGAGGGCCGGAGGCGGGAGCGGCACAGGCUGCAUCUGCGGCGGCCGCGCUCAAGGCCUCGGCGCCGGCGGUGGCGAUGCUGUGGCAGCGGCUGGCUGUGGUGGAGUGGGCGGCCCUGGCCUGGGAGCUCCUGGGCGCCUCGGUGCUGCUCAUCGCCGUGCGCUGGCUGGUCCGCCGGCUAGAGAAGCGGCCGCGGGACCUGAACCGUUGCGGGACGCUCUCUUCUCCGCCCAGCGCGUCUGAAGCGGUGGCCGCUGAGCCAGGUGAAGUGACAAUGGAUGCCAUGAUGGCUCGACUGAAACUCUUGAAUCCAGAUGAUCUUAGAAAAGAAGUUAUGAAAGCUGGACUUAAAUGUGGACCCAUUACAUCAACAACAAGAUUUAUUUUUGAGAAAAAAUUAGCUCAGGCCUUACUGGAACAAGGUGGAUUGCUGACCUCUUCUCUUCCCAAGCCCAGCGAGGUUACUGCCAUGACAUUUGUCCAGGGCGCCUCAAGAACCCCUCCAUCUGUGGACGGGAAACAAACUCAGCAGGCCUCUUUUUCUGAAGACAGAGAUUUUGGUUACAGUGUGGGCUUGAACCCUCCAGAAGAGGAAGCGGUAACAUCCAGUGUCCACCCAAUACCCUCCAGUGCCUCUACCAGGAAUGACAACCACAAGGCUGGAGUGACAGCUCCUAAGGAGCCACUUGUGUACUAUGGAGUGUGUCCAGUAUAUGAGGAUGGCCCUGUGAGACAUGAGAGGAUCCAUGUUUACGAAGAUAAAAAGGAAGCUUUGCAAGCUGCCAAGUUGAUCAAAGGGUCCCGGUUUAAAGCUUUUCCAACAAGAGAAGAUGCUGAGAAAUUUGCUAGAGGGAUAUGUGAUUAUUUACCUUCUCCCAGCAAAACUACGCCCUUACUGUCUCCUGUGAAGGCAGUGUCCCUCGGUGGCAGUGAUGGGCUGAAAGCAGAUGGCUUAUGUCUGGCUGAAUCAGAAACAGUAAACAAAGAACGAGCAAACAGUUACAAAAACCCCCGUACCCAGGACCUCACGGCCAAGCUGCGGAAAGCUGUCGAAAACGGGGAGGAACACACCUUUUCUGAUCUUAUCUGGAGUAAUCCUCGAUAUCUAAUUGGUUCUGGGGACAACCCAACCAUUGUACAAGAAGGAUGUAGGUACAAUGUCAUGCAUGUUGCUGCCAAAGAGAACCAGGCUUCUGUGUGCCAGCUGACAUUAGAGACGCUGGAGAACCCUGAGUUUAUGCGUCUGAUGUACCCAGAUGACAACAUGGACAUGCUUCAGAAGCGCAUCCUCUACAUUGUCGACCUGUAUCUUAAUACUCCUGACAAAGUGGGCUUUGACACACCACUGCAUUUUGCUUGUAAAUUUGGAAAUGUGGAUGUAGUCAAUGUGCUUUCUUCACACCCUUUGAUUGUGAAAAACCGAAAGAAUAAAUAUGGUAAAACACCUGAAGAAGUAAUUUGUGAAAGAAGCCAAAACAAAUCUCUAGCACUGAAAGAAAGGAUUAGAGAAUACUUAAUGGGUCACUACUAUGUGCCACUCCUGAGAGCAGAAGACACUUCUCCUGUCAUUGGGGAGCUGUGGUCCUCAGACCAGAAAGCUGAAGCCUCUAAUACUACUGCCCACUGUAGAAGCAGCCCCAGAGAUCCUGUGAUGACACUGAGAGCUUUCGUGGGGCCUCUGAGUCCAUCCAAAGCAGAAGAUUUUCGAAAGCUCUGGAAAACUCCACCUCGAAAGAAAGCAGGCUUCUUCCACAGCAUCAGGAAGUCUGACCCAGAACGAGGCGUUGAGAGAGUUGGAAGGGAGCUAGCUCAUGAGCUGGGGUAUCCCUGGGUUGAAUACUGGGAAUUUCUGGGAUGUUUUGUUGAUCUGUCUUCCCAGGAAGGCUUGCAAAGACUAGAAGAAUACCUUAUCCAGAAGGAGUUAAGCAAAAAGGCUCAACAAGAAGUACGAGAAAAUGAAGGCUGCCUUCAGGACAGAACCUCAGAUUUUGGCAGUGGAAAGAAGUACAGCAACUCCAUCUCCGUGGGAGCAUUUCUAGAUGGGGAUGAUGACAGUAGCUUGGAAGAAAUUAAAAACCAGCAAAAUACAGUUUCAAGUCAGAGUCAGCCCACAACUGAUAAGUUCCAAAACUCUAAAAGUGGUUCCCUUCCCUUGGGACAGAAGGUCAACCCUGGAGAAUCCUCAGUUGGAACUUACCCAGAUAACAGCAGAAAUGGGUUUUGUCACCCUCUGAACAACAGGACUGCAGAUGGAAGGGGACUAGAGGCCACCAAUGGAGAGGAGGCCCUUCCACCACCUGUUUCUGUUUUGACUCAAGAGUUCAAUAAACUGAAUUUGCAAAGCCUAGGAGAUAGCUUUGAGACACCAAAUAAAAAUAGGAAACUAGAGGAUGAGAUACUUAAUUCAAGAAAGGGUGUAGUAGAAAGUGACUUGCUGGCAUCUCCUCCUGCAAUAGCAAGACUUGAAAAUAAGCAAGUCAGGACCAACAGUGAGGUGUCAGAGGCAAUGGCUGAAAUGUCUUUGGGCCCUAAGAGCCCCCAACUUGGAGUUCAGGCUGGUCUGGAACGUAGACUCGAUUCAUCUGCCACGGAAGAUUCCACCAAGAGGCUCUUCCUGUCUGGAGAGGAACCAUCAAAACUAGAUCGAGAUGUUUUAGCAGCUCUUGAGUGUGCGAAUAUUGACCCUGGUCUGUACCCAGCAAUCCACAGAUGGAAAAGCACUGUCAUGUGCUACUCGCCCUCAGACAGACAGAGUUGGCCAAGUCCUGCACUCAAAGGGAAGUUCACAACUGAGCUGGUGGAUCUCGACUGCUCUCAUAGCUGCUCAGGACGAUGCAGUCCAGCUGGAGGCAGCCCCAGUAAGCCUGGCCACGCCUCCUCCUCUUCUGGCCUGCACAGCCCUGGACGCUACAGUCCAGCACAUGGGAGACACUUCCAAAGAGUGGCACACGUGGCCCGACUUGCUGCUCUGUAGAGCCAGCCAGUAUGCUUACUCCUGGGAUUCAUUUACUUCUUUGUUUGUAAAAGAGCAAUGUUUAUUGGUAAAAAUUCCAUGAAAGAAUGUAUCCUGAAUAACUUAAUCCUCACUUUGAGGGUACCUGGUGUUUUAGAAAAUACAAUGUUCUGAGUAUAAUUUGAAUAUCUGAUAUUUUGGAAGAAGUUAAUGAAAGCAAACUCAGAUACUAAUUGUUUGAAAGUGUAGCCGUAAUAAUGAUUCAGACUUUUCAGGUGGAAACUUCUAAUUUUGAAAUGGAACAAAGAUGCAAAGGCAUAGACAAGUGAGGUGUUGCUAAUUGGGUUUGUUAGCAGCAACUCUGCAGCACGCGCGCACACCCACUGUUUCUGAAACAGAUCAAUUAUGUGUUGUCUCUUGGGGUGGGGCAGCUUUUUGAUAUGCAAUGGCAAAACUAUGUGUUUGUCAUUUCACCCUAGUUAUUCCAACCGAGAGAAAGCAAGUGGCAGAAAAGCAGAUGUGCCCUGACUCAGACUUCAGUAACAAUGCUCAAAACACUGCCAGAAGUUGGGGUGGGGGGUUAAAGCCAUCGAGAAUCAUGCCAGUAAUCAUCAUAGAAAACUCACCAGCAAUAACUAAAACAAAACUAUUUCUCAGUACUUGUCAGUGUAGUAAGUAAUCUAGAAGUUGUUCCCAGGCUGGAGACAUGGCUCAGCGGUUAAGAGCACCGACUGCUCUUCCAAUGGUCCUGAGUUCAAUUCCCAGCAACCACAUGGUGACUCACAACCAUCCAUAAUAAGAUCUGAUGCCGUCUUUUGGGGUGUCUGAAAACAGAUACAGCAUACUUACAUAUACAUCUUUAAAAAAAAAUAAGAAAUUAUUCCCAAGUCUUAAAAUUUAGCCUGAGAUUUCACUGAGCAUGAUUACAUGACAGAUGUAUCCUGUAUUUUAGAAAUUAAAGAGCUUUAUGCUAGAGUUUAGCACUUGAGAUCUGAGUUCAUUUCAGUGGCUUGCGGUGUUGACUUUUGGCUAUCCCAAGAGAUGUGUACUGAGUGGCACCGCACACCCUAAGGCUCCAAGAUAAAACCACCUUGCUGAAGCUGGGUCUCAGCUGUCUGUCACAGUUGCUUGCACAAAGCCAGUAGUGUUCUGGCGACACUUGCAGUGCUUAACCCCAGUACAGAACUAUACCACUGAUUUUGCCAAUUUCAGUGCCUUUUUUGAGUCAUUUUGAGAUCACGGAGUGCUAAAUGGGUGUUAGAUUCUCUUUUGUUUAUAAAAAUGUUGACCAGGCAAGCCUUUAAGCCCAGCACUCAUUAGGCAGAAGCAGGGGGUUCUCUGAAUUUGAGGCCAGCCUGGUCUACAUAGUGAGUUCCAAAACAGCCAGAACUACACAGAGAUCUUGUCUCAAAUUUAAAACAAAAACCCACCAAAAUGAUAAUAAAGUAAUUCUGAGCUCAAAUGUUAAGGUCUUUUUUUUUUUUUUUUUUUUUAACUUUUUUAAAGCUUAUUUUAAUGUGGUAAGAAAUACCAGAAUUGAGAUUUUGGACUUUGGAUUCAGUUUGUUUUGUUCCCCUUGUAAGCAGCUGAGCUCUAAGUACAAGACAGCCAAUCAAGUGACCUGGAAACAAUCCCAAAGGGAAUCUUUGUUCUCAAAAGAAACCAAAACCCACACACUAUAUUCAGCUAUGAUUUUGUUUUCUCUAAAGUCUUAUUGUCCUGUGGGGUUAUUUUUGUUGUUUUUUCCAUACUCAAAAACCGAAGUACUAGUUUUGCCCUAUUUUUUUAAAAACUCUUCUUUCUUAAUGAUAUUUACUUAAGACAACUUUUGGGAGUCAGUUCUCAAACCAUGUAGGUCUCAGGAAUCCAACUCAGGUCACUGGAAUUGAGUUUUACCGCUGAGCCAUCUUGCUAGCCCAUUUUAAACCCUAAGCCUCCUUUGGACUAUUUUCCCACUAGUAAGAAGGGUUUAUACCUGUUAGUAACACCUGUUGAUUCUAUGUCAUAAACAUUGUUUACUUGAUCUUUCUCAAAGUGUUGGGUAGGAAACAAUUCCUUAAUUUGUUAUCUGGACAGAAUCCCCUUCUUAGUAAAACUGUAAGCAAUAUUUUCAUUAAAAAGCACAUUGAGUAUCA